AUGAUGCCCGAAAAUGGACAACAAUUUAGUGUUCCACCAGGCUUUCGAUUCCAUCCAACCGAUGAGGAGCUUCUUUAUUACUAUCUUAGGAAGAAGGUUUCGUAUGAAGCCAUUGAGCUUGAUGUUAUCAGGGAAGUGGAUUUAAACAAACUAGAGCCUUGGGACCUCAAAGAUAAAUGUAGAAUUGGAUCUGGGCAUCAAAACGAGUGGUAUUUCUUUAGCCAUAAGGACAAAAAAUAUCCAACUGGAACUCGAACGAAUAGAGCAACCAGUGCUGGAUUUUGGAAGGCUACAGGGAGGGACAAAACCAUUCACAUGGGCAAUUGCAAUUCCAAAAGGAUUGGCAUGAGGAAGACACUGGUUUUCUACACAGGUCGUGCUCCUCAUGGCCAAAAGACUGAUUGGAUCAUGCAUGAAUACCGUCUUGAAGAUGACAAUCCCGAGGUGCAGGAAGAUGGGUGGGUGGUGUGCAGAGUUUUCAAGAAGAAAAGUCAGAAGGCAGAGGUUCCGCAAGAGCAGCGGUUAGAUUACUAUACGCAUACGAAGCUAGGUGGCAGUUCUGCUUCCGCCGUGGGUACAGACAUGGGAGAGCCAAAAAACAAUAAUAAUUAUCAUAUGCAAGAGCCCCAUAAUAAUGAUUAUAGCUUUGAUGGUAGCAUGCAGCUGCCACAGCUGUUUAGUCCAGAGUCGUCAGUUCCAACACCUAUAUCUUUAAACGCCGCCGCUGUAGAGUGUCCUCAAAAUAUCUGGAGGCUAAGUUACGGGGUGGUGCAACAUGAGCGGUUGAACAGUACUGAUUGGUCAUUCUUGAAUAGGCUGCUUGCUUUGGAUCAACAAUCCCGUUCCAAAUCUACACUUUCAGAUGACCUUACUAUGGGACAUCCCAACUCUACAAAGCUUUCAUUUCCAUUUCCUUAUCCUUAUCCUCUUGCCUCUGGUGCCGACUUUAUCAAAUUCUCCAUGUAG